AUGUCAUCGUGCACGGACUUGUUGCGUCUGAACGAGAAGGGGCUAUUCAAGGAUAUCAAGGCGAGUCUAUCGAGCGGCGCGAAGGAAACACGGAACAUCCUCGAGAUUCGCGACAACGUGCUGUACGUGUGGAAUGCCGACAAGUGUUGCGUGCUUACGCUCAACAUCGCGGCGACCCGCGGCAAGGUCGGCGAAGAUGUCCCUUACCAGACGCUACGACCAACGGAUCCCCCCAUAUUUGAAGUCACAAACGUACUGAUAAACGAGACAGCAACGCAAUUGGCACUAUGGGGUAAACUGGGCAUUGCUCUCGUGGAAUUGCCGAAGCGAUGGGGCAAGGACGCCGUUUACGAAGGCGGCAAAAAAGAGAUUCUGUGCACGAAUCAUAAUUUCGGCGACUUUGGAGCAACCACGGAGAUUCAACGAGUACGAUGGCAUCCGGGUUCUACGAACGACUCACAUCUACUGGUUUUGACAUCUGAAAAUUCUUUCCGUUUAUAUGAAUGCGACCUGGGUGAUGCACCAAGACUCGUAAAAUGCUGGAAGGUCGGCCGCGCACCAUCGAGCUCGCCCUCGAAGAUACCUGAUUUUACUUCCCUCGGCGAAACUGCAGUGGAUUUCGAUUUCGCCACUCCUACUUUGAGGAAACCAGAAAUGUUCGUCAACACUAUUGAGAUAAAAGAAGCAAUAGAUUGGAAUCAAAUCGAAUGGCCGAUCUUGGUGCUCCGUGGAAACGGUGAAGUACUAAUUGUUCGUGGGAACGUUUUAUUAGAGAGCUGUGAGAAUCCAGUGGUAUUGGGUUCGCUGUCCAUGUAUCCGUCGACCGAUGAUAAUUACGGGAUAGAUUCAUGCUCUAUCAUGUGCUUGCAAACUACUCCGCCGAUAGUGGUCAUCGCCAUGUGCACCGGAAAGAUUUAUCACGCAAUACUGCUGCGCGAAAUAUUGGACGACGAUGACGACGACAGAAAGACUUGGUCGCAAUAUGGUUCAAACUAUAGUCUUCAUACGCCGGACGAUGCACUUUACGUUUACGAAUGCGUCGAACUGGAACUGGGUCUUCUUUUUACGGAUGAUGAUAAAAAAUAUAAUUGUCCCAUCCACCUUCAUUGCGAUAAAGGCAACAAAUCGAGAUAUUUUUGUUCUCACAAUGCUGGGAUUCACAUGGUGAGUUUACCGAUGGUUUCUCAACUGGAGGAGUUAAUACACGGCAAUAAAAAUAAUAGCGGGAAUUAUUUACCAUCGUUAUUAAACCAAUCGGUUUUACAAUAUCUGUUUUCCACGAGAACUAAGCACACAAAUGUAGAUGAAGCUACACCGAUAUUAGGUUUCGGUCUUCUUCAAGAACCUUGUGUUCUAAUCGCGUUGCUACACACAGGCGUUGUCAUCGAUCUCUCAGUUAUAGACCUUUAUUAUCUCCCAAGAAUUGAGCAGCUAGAACCGGUCAUGAAUACUGCAAAAAAGGUGAAUAAGGAACCGUUCGAUGUAUAUAUCAAGAAAUUACUAAGACGAGAUGUAUCGCAACCAAUAACUAAGAUAGGAUCUCGCUCGAUGUCCUUAAACGAAUCCCUAGAGUUAUUGUAUCACGCCACAAAUAUUUUUCGUACUCAACACUUUGUCGGACACGACAAAGUUAGGGAAGAAAUUGGCAAGAAGGUUCGUACUUUGAAGGCUUUGAAAAGCCAUUUAUUAAAAGAACUCGACACCUUGAUGGAGACAAAAAAAGAAUUGCGACAGACCGCCGAACGUUUAGCUGAACGAUACGAAGAUAUUAAUGAUAAACAGAAAGAAUUGGCUCGUAGAGCAGAAGAAGUUCUAAGAUUGGUAAAUUAUAAAGAACCUUCAAUGACUUCUAUUGAGCGAGCAGAGGCGGAAGAAUUGAAGAAAAUGGAUACGAAGAUACAUGAUAUGCAGAUCCGACUUGAACAGCUCAAGAAAAAAUCUGCUCAACAGACUGUGCAAACAAAUGGUACCGAAUUUAAUGAAAAGAGGAAAGAAAUUGUUUUCACACACAAUCAAGAGGAAGUUGCAAAGGAAAAUCUUCGUCAUAUGGCAAAAAAUAUAAAAAAUUUGGUAGAUCAGGUAAAGCAGAUUAAAGCAGAAAUUAGUCUUUCAUAUAUUAGUAAACAGUAA